UUUCAGAACCUCAAUCAGCUAAGCUUAAUUAAUCAUACUUUUCUUUUUCCAGUUAGUUCCACAGCACACUCCCGAAUUUUGAAUCCAGUAACAAAUAGAUUUUGUUGAACACUUUCGAAAAGUAAGGCACGUUCAGAUCGCAGCGAUGGCCAAUGCUGACGUGGAAGCGGUGGAUUUCGAGCCGGAGGAAGAUGACCUCAUGGACGAGGACGCCGCCGGCGACGCCUCCCCUCAAGCUCCCAUGCCUAAGCUCAAGUCCGCCAUCACUGGCGGUGCUUCAGCCUCUCUUUCUGCCCCUAAGAAAACCAAGGGCCGUGGCUUCCGCGAGGAAGAUGCUGACCGCCACUCCCGUCUCGCCUCUCGCGACUUCGAGUCCCUUGGCACUGAUGGUGGCCCCGGUCCCCAGAGAUCUAUUGAAGGAUGGAUUAUUUUGGUCAGUGGUGUACAUGAGGAAGCCCAAGAGGAUGAUUUGCACAAUGCAUUUGGUGAAUUUGGUGAGAUCAAGAAUUUGCAUUUAAAUCUUGAUCGCCGCACUGGAUUUGUCAAGGGAUAUGCACUGAUUGAAUACGAAAAGUUUGAAGAAGCAAGGAAUGCCAUAACGACAAUGGAUGGAGCAGAACUUCUUACACAAACCAUCAAUGUUGAUUGGGCCUUUAGCAAUGGACCUAGUGUUGCAGCCUUCAAACGAAAAAAUAUGAGAUCUGGACGGACACAUCGCUCCAGGAGUCCUAGGAGAAGAUACUAACUUGUUCCCUAUUUUGAGGGUUAGAACAAGAUAUUUCGAGAUUUGGUGCUUGAAAAUUUACUGAAAUCAUCCUGUUUCGUUUAUGGCGACUCAAGUGGAGUGGUGAUUGUGCUUUGUUUCCAAAUGCUGUUUUUCGGCUUUAUAUUUAACAACUUGCUAUUUGGUGUUCAUCUAAUUUUUUUUUUUUUUAAUUUCUAAGAUAUUAGUAAUGACAUUUUUUUUUCCUUAGUAAGCUUUCUCGUA